AUGGCUUCAGCUGGGCUGGAACUCCUGGGUCUGACUCUAGUGGUGUUGGGCUGGCUGGGGACCCUAGUAUCCUGUGCCCUGCCCCUGUGGAAGGUCACAGCCUUCAUUGGCAACAGCAUCGUGGUGGCUCAGGUGGUGUGGGAAGGCCUAUGGAUGUCCUGUGUGGUCCAGAGCACCGGCCAGAUGCAAUGCAAAGUGUAUGACUCCCUCUUGGCCUUGCCUCAGGACCUACAGGCAGCUCGGGCCCUCUCUGUCAUUGCUCUCAUGCUUGCUUUGCUGGGUCUGCUGGUGGCUAUCACUGGAGCCCAGUGUACUACAUGUGUGGAAGAUGAGGUGGCCAAGGCAAGGAUUGUGCUGACCUCAGGCAUCAUCUUCCUCAUCUCUGGGAUCCUGGUCCUGAUCCCUGUGUGCUGGACAGCCCAUGCCAUCAUCCAAGACUUCUACAAUCCUCUUGUGGCUGAAGCCCUGAAGCGGGAGUUGGGGGCUUCACUUUACCUGGGCUGGGCAGCUGCUGCCCUGCUGAUGCUAGGGGGAGGACUGCUAUGCUGCACCUGUCCACCACCUCAGCCUGACCGGCCCAGAGGACCCCAGCUGGGGUACUCUGCUGCGUCCAGAUCAGGGGCCUCUGGCCUGGACAAACGGGAUUAUGUGUGA